GUAAUUGAGUGGUAAUUUGAUUGUAGCGUGUCGUUGGUAGCAAAAACGUACCUGCCUAAAAAUAGCUGUCAGUACAUUGUCUAUCAACUGAGUCACUACUUAAGUCACCCUCAGAUUCAGAUUUGUCAACUUUGACACUGUCCUGUCAAUUCAACAUGAACAAGCGGUCUGCACAGACUGCUUUAAGUACGAGGAAACCAUGCCAACCUUCUCAUACAUUCUAUCCUAAAAGUUAUGUAUUUGGUUCAAAAAUUUUCGGGAGUUGAGUUUUGAUCUAUGGGAUGAGUUAAGGCAAUGACAUUGAGCUUCAAAGAAACUGCACAGUGUUUCCACAGAAAAGAUGAAAGCUUGGAACCCCUGCGAUCGUUCUACACGAGAGGUAGGAAGAAAAUCAUUCUCAACAUAUCUGGUACGAAGUUUGAGACGUACGAAAGUACUUUAGAGAGAUUUCCUAACACGCUUCUCGGCUCCAGGAGAAAACGAGCUCGCUACUAUAACUCUGUGAACAGAGAGUAUUACUUUCACAGAGACAAUACAACCUUUGAUUUUAUAUUAUUCUUUUAUCAAAGUAAUGGAAGGCUCGUCAAACCAGUUGAAGAAUUUGUCCCAGAUGACGUUUUUAGAAGAGAAGUUGCUUUUUACGAGCUCGGCGAAGCAGCUCAAAAACAACUGCCUGUGACAUACAAUGAAGAAUUCGACUUGAAUCAAACUAAGUAUGGGAGCCUGCAGAACACUGUUCAGCGGCUGCGCUAUUUACUGGAAAAACCAACAAAAAGUUUACAUGGAAAAAUAUUGGGCGUUUGGUUUAUGUUCGUAAUAGCGCUGUCUAUUACGAUUAGAUGUGUGAAAACACUGCCAAUAUUCCACCAGAUACAUCCUAGGAGCUACUGCGACAUCAAUACAACGUACUCUUCACCUUUUGGCCUCGCGAAUGAUUACAAGAAUAUCUGGCUUCUGUUUGAGUUAUUUUGUAGUGCCAUUUUCACCCUCGAAUUCUUUGCUCGUCUUUUCACGGCUUCAAGAAAGCUUAGAUACUGUUUUUCUGCGUUAGGAAUCAUCGACUUUAUUUCAUUUGUUCCUCAUUUUACGUUACUUGCAAUUGAGAACAGUUCGCUCUUGACUCCCGACACCUACCCCCUGAGGAGUUUGCUUAAAUUCCUUCCAUUCCUAUGUAUUUUCAAAGUGUCACGCUACUCCAUCGGAUUACAGAUAUUCUGGAAAAGCCUUCAUUCCAGCAGUAACGAACUUGGUCUUUUAUUGUAUUGCGUUUUGUUGAGUGUCGUACUUUUCGGGAGUUUGUUAUUUUACUGUGAGGAUGACCUCAACGGCUUCACUAGUAUCCCAGCAUCCUUUUGGUACGCUAUCAUCACCAUGACAACGGUUGGCUACGGUGAUAUGGUUGCAACGUCUUUAUUUGGCAAACUUUUCAGCGCGUGUUGUGCGGUGAUAGGUGUGACGUCACUUUUAGCGCUACCAACCACUGUUGUUGUCAAUAAUUUUAACGUCUUUUAUAAAACGAGGAAGCGAGAACGUGGAGAGUACACGAAGCGAUUCAAGGACGAGAAAGACUGGAACAUCGAGCGUAAUUUGUAAACUUGUCACGUGUGUUGCCAUGGUAAUUAUGGCAUUGUAACGCACUAUUAGAUUAACUGUCAAUAAAUUCUGUUUAAAUCUAGUUACUGGUAAUUAAUUAUUGCAUACGACUUCCUCCUUC